AAACAACAUGACCAUGCCGCCGCACAGCAUGACGACAAACAUCAUGACCACGGCACCAGCAACUGCAACAACAACAGCAGCAGUCGCCACAACCACCAAUACAACUCUGAUUACCAACACCACAGUGAUCGCUCUUGAGACGCCUGUUGGCCGGACCGGAUGUGGGACCCAACAGAUCUGUGGGUCUGAGCCCUCUGACUGUGACCCCUCAUCAUCAUCUUCAUCGUGUUUCUUCGUUUCUGCCAAGCAGACGGACGGUCAGAACUUUGAGUUUUCCAUCUCAGGGGAGUCAAGUGGCUACAUCGCUGCCACGGUGUCAGCUGACACCACAGUGGGAGGUAACGACACAACCUACAUCUGUGCGAACAAUAAUGGCAAAGUGAAAUUCUUCAGCGCUCUCCUCAACAACGACAAGCUGACAGUGACAGAGCUGCCUGUGAACUCGGUGCAGGGCCGAGUCGAUGGAAACCUGAUCCAGUGCACGUUUGUUGCCACUUUGGACCUGACAACCACAAGAGCAGCAGCAACAAGCGCCUCACUGUCACUCUCCACCGGGACCUUUGACAGCACUUCUGGAUCUCUGGGAACCCCCGACACCAAAUUUAGGAGCGGAGUCGUAGACCUGAGCAAUUCUACUGCCACCAUCUCUAAUGAGCUUACCACCACGAACGCGACCACGACCGCCACCCCCGCUGUGACUGGACACGCCACCACGUUCCAGCAGUCACUGGUGCAAGUUCUGCUGAUCUCUAUGGGCGUAUUCACUAUGGCCCUGAUGUGAGCAACACAACACCUUCAGGAUUCAACACAACAAGAAACAUUACUACUCAAUCUCAAUAUUGUAUUUACUGUACACAGUAUAUCCCACAUUAUAAGGAUCAUGCUGAAUUUGAAAUCCACUCACCGGAGGUGCAGGUAGGCGUGAUGCUGGUGGUCAGUCUUCUGACUGCUUUCAGGUGUGUUGUAGAAUCUGAAAGAAAUAAGAGAAUACAUGUUGAAGUUUUGAAUUCAAGGUUAUGUGUAAUAUAUUUACCCCCCUCCCCCCCACAACCUCUAUGUUAUUGAUGUUCUCUGUCAUUGUCACACACUAUGAUGCUAGAAAUAUGCUUUUGUGCAAUUUUCUAUUGUAAAUGUUUGUACUGUACAUGAUGCAAUAAUGUUUUCAAAAUGAAGCCUUCAGUAGCUGAUGUGUGUGCACGUGGGUGUGUGUGUAUGUGUGUGAGUGGGUGUGUGGGUGUCUGUGCAAUAGCGAAUGCAAAUGAGCCGUUGCACAUUAGGAAUGCUUGAUACGAUACGAAAUGCUGUGGAAAAUAUUUUUGCACUUUGCAUUAUGUA